UUGUGUCUUUUCCCCAGUGGGUUGGAAGUAGUUACCUUUGUAGCCAAAAAGGAGGAAGGAAGGAAUCGACACACACACACACACACACACACAGACGCAACCCAAAGGAGGAAGUUCAUUGAGACACUGAGAUUGCUCCUGGUUGCCCGGGCUCGCCUCUGAAGUGUGGCUGCGGGUGCUGGUGCUGCAGUUGUUGGUUUGUUGUUGUUGUUGCUGCUGCUGCUUCUUUGGAGCCUCCACUUCUCCAACAACACCCCAUCCCCGGGGGGGCUCCUGGCUCCUGGCAGCGACUUUUUUUGGGGGGGAAGGCAGCGCGGGAGCGGACGCUGGCGGUUUGAUUGACAGGCAAUGGCUACAAAUUGCUGUCUGGAGUGAGCUGAAGAUGCAACCAUCUGACUAACAGGUUUCCGAGCAGCCCCUGGAGGCCCAAAGCGCCUGGAAUUAACCAGACGGCAGCAUAACAUGAACUGAGAAAGAAGCAACCCGGAUUUUUGUUCGGUUUUUUUUGGUUUUGGUUUUAAAAACUUUUACAUAACAAAAAAUUCUUUCAUGAAAACGUUUUAAACCAGGGUUAUUUUUCCCCUCCCCCGAACAAGAAAGUCGUCCCCAUACGGUGAGGAUUUCCGGAGAAGAUGGGGAGGAAAAAGAUCCAGAUCCAGCGGAUCACGGAUGAGCGAAAUCGACAGGUGACCUUCACCAAGCGGAAGUUCGGUUUGAUGAAGAAAGCCUACGAGCUGAGCGUUCUGUGCGACUGUGAGAUCGCCCUGAUCAUCUUCAACCACUCAAACAAGCUGUUCCAGUACGCCAGCACGGACAUGGACAAGGUGCUGCUCAAGUACACCGAGUACAACGAGCCGCACGAGAGCCGGACCAACGCAGACAUCAUCGAGACAUUAAGAAAGAAAGGUUUUAACGGUUGCGACAGCCCGGAACCCGAUGGGGACGACUCCAUUGACCAGAGCCCCCUGAUGGAGGAUAAAUACCGCAAAGCCAGCGAGGAUCUGGAUAUCCUCUUCAAACGAUACGGUUCUGCAGUGCCCGCUCCGAACUUCGCCAUGCCAGUGACGGUUCCGGUGACCAAUCAAAACACGUUACAGUUCAGCAACCCCGGGGGCUCCUUGGUGACCCAGUCGCUGGUGACCUCUUCGCUGACAGAUCCAAGACUCCUCUCGCCACAGCAGCCGGCCCUGCAGAGAAACACCGUGUCGCCAGGUUUGCCGCAGAGGCCAGCCAGUGCGGGGGCGAUGCUCGGGGGAGACUUGAACAACACCAACGGAGCCUCCCCAAGCCCAGUCGGAAACGGGUAUGUCAGUGCCAGAGCCUCGCCGGGUCUCCUCCCGGUCUCAAACGGCAACACCAUGGGCAAGAUCAUCCCAGCAAAGUCGCCGCCGCCGCCCUCCCACAGCACGCAGCUCGCCGCCAACAGCCGCAAGCCGGACUUACGUGUGAUCACCUCGCAGGGCGCAAAGGGGUUGAUGCACCAUUUGCAGAAUGCACAGAGGUUAGGAGUCUCCCAAGCAACUCAUUCUUUAACCACGCCUGUUGUGUCGGUGGCCACUCCAAGUUUGUUGACCCAGGGCCUGCCUUUCUCUGCCAUGCCCACAGCAUACAACACAGAUUAUCAGCUGACCAGUGCCGAGUUAUCCUCACUCCCGGCGUUCAGCUCACCCAGCGGGUUGUCGCUUGGCAACAUCUCUGCCUGGCAACAGCAACAUCAGCAGCAGCAACAGCAGCAGCAACAACAGCAGCAGCAGCAGCAACAACAGCAGCAGCAGCAGCAGCAACAACAUCUUGUUCCUGUAUCACUAAGCAACUUAAUACAAGGGGGUCACUUAUCUCACACCACCACGUUGACUGUCAACACCAACCCCAACAUCAGCAUCAAGUCGGAGCCCGUCUCGCCGAACCGGGAACGAAACACUGCCACGCCGCUCAGCUCCUUCCCACACCAGAGCCGGCACGAGCCGACGGGGCGUUCUCCCGUCGACAGCCUCAGCAGCAACGCCAGCUCCUAUGAAGGCAACGAGCGGGAUGACCCCGCCAGAGCCGAUUUCGGCUCGUCCCUCGGCCUCCUGAGACCCACGACCGAGGCCGAGGGAGAGAGCCCAUCCGUAAAACGCGUGCGGCUGGACGCCUGGGUAACAUAACCAGUCCCAACUCUCUUCGAGCUACU